AUGUUCGAGGAAAAACUUCUUGUCGGCGUUGCCUCCGCCUGCUCCACUUUGGCUAUUGUUGCCUGUCUUAUCGUUCUUCCAAGCCUCUACAACGAAAUCAACUUGGUACACGAUGAGGUUCUUGAUGGAGUUUCCGUCUUCCGUGUUGAAACUGACUCUGCCUGGACUGAGAUGAUGGACAUCCAAAUCACCGUUACUCCCCCAUCCAAGCCAAAGCAAAACCCAUUCAACUCUAUCUUCCGUCAAAAAAGACAAGACUACCGUGGACUUCCAGCCUGGUGCCAAUGCGAGCCAACUAAGCCAACUUGCCCACCAGGACCCCCAGGACCACCAGGAAGACCAGGACAGCCAGGAUCGCCAGGACCUCGUGGUGCUCCAGGACAAGAUAACUAUCAAACUUAUGCUACCCCAACUUGCCCACCAGUCUCCCGCGACUGUGUCAAGUGCCCAGCUGGUGCUCCCGGACAAAAGGGACCAGACGGACCACAAGGAAGACCAGGACCAGACGGUCGCCCAGGACAACCCGGACACAAGGGACAAAGCGGAGCUCCAGGACCAAGAGGACCAGCUGGAGAUGCUGGAACUCCAGGACAUCCCGGACGUGACGGACAACCAGGACAUCCAGGACGUGAUGGACGUAAGGGUAGAGGAACCCCAGGAAGACCAGGACCACUCGGACGCCCAGGAUCCCCAGGAAAGGCAGGAACUCCAGGACAACGUGGACUUCCAGGAAAGCAAGGACCACAAGGACCAGCUGGUCAACCAGGACAUCCAGGACAAUCUGGACAAGACGGACAAUCAGGAAUCAGAGGAGGACCAGGACUUCCAGGAAACGAUGCUGCUUACUGUCCAUGCCCAGCUCGCAGUGGUGCUUAUUUCAUGCACAGAGCUUAA